GAGGUACAGAGGGAGUCCCACGCACAGUCCAGAAAAUAUUUUAAUCUUCUUUUCUUAGAACUACUUUGGUUGGCAUCCUCAGGCCCUGAGAGCACAGUGCAUGUCAGCAUCUAAGAUUCCACUCUUCAAAAUGAAGGACCUGAUCCUGAUCCUUUGUCUCCUGGACAUGGGUUUCGCUGUGCCGGUGUUUCCUCAGCAGCCUGGAACACCGGGCAUGGCUAGUUUGAGCCUUGAGACAAUGAGACAGUUGGGAAGUUUGCAAGGAUUAAACACACUUUCUCAGUAUUCCAGAUUUGGCUUUGGGAAAUCAUUUAAUUCUUUGUGGAUGCAUGGUCUCCUACCACCACAUUCCUCUUUUCCAUGGAUGAGACCAAGGGAGCAUGAAACUCAACAGUAUGAAUAUGCUUUGCCUGUGCACCCCCCGCCUCUCCCAUCACUGCCAAACCAGAAGCCUCAACAGCCAGUAUUGAAAGCCCUCCACCAGCCCACAGCCGCAACCGCCCUCCAGGCCACAGAACAGCAGGGAGAGGCCCAGCCUCCGAUUCUCCUGGGACAGCUGCCCUUACAGGAAGGCGAAGUGCCUGCAAUCAAGCAGAUUCAGCAGCAGGUGGCCCCAUCAGAUAAGCCUCCGAAACUUGAGCUCCCAGUAAUGGAUUUUGCUGACCCACGAGGUCCCUCAGUGUUCCAAAUAGCUCGUUUGAUAUCUCAGGGACCAGUGCCACAAAAUAAACCAUCUCCACUUUUUCCAGGAAUGUUUUACAUGUCCUAUGGAGCAAAUCAAUUGAAUGCCCCCAGACUUGGCAUCAUGAGUUCAGAAGAAAUGGCCGGAGGGAGAGGUGGACCUCUGGCCUACGGAGCCAUGUUCCCAGGAUUCGGAGGCAUGAGGCCCAGGCUAGGGGGAAUGCCCCACAACCCAGCUAUGGGUGGGGACUUCACUCUGGAAUUUGACUCCCCGGUGGCUGCAACCAAAGGCCCUGAGAAGGGAGAAGGAGGAGCUCAAGACUCUCCCAUGCCUGAGGCCAACCCAGCCCAUCCGGAAAACCAGGCCCUCCUUCCAGAACUGGGUCCUGGGCCCCACGCAGGGCUCCUUGCUUUCUCCAAGGACAAUGUUCCCAGCCUGGCAAGGGGCCCUGCAGGACAGAGGAAGGGCCCCCCCAGGGUCACCCCAGCAGCCACUGACCCACUGAUGACCCCUGAAUUAGCUGAUGUUUUUGGGACCUAUGGUGCUGACAUGACCACACCCCUGAGUUUCCAGGAAGAAACAAUCAUGGAUACCUCAACAGCCCCAGACACUCAGCAAACAUCCACACCAGAAAACAAAGUCCAGCAGUCCGAGAAUAUGCAUGAUGCAUGGCAUUUCCAAGAGCCCUGA